AAGAGGCAGUCGCGCCGGCAGCCUCUAGGCCUCUGAUUGGCUGCGGCCUUUGACGAUGGUAUAAAAGCUGUAUAUGCGCGUGCGGCCGCGGUAUGAAAGGUCCGAGUCCUGUUACACAUGUAUAGAAGAAGACGAACUAAGCGGAACGAAUGACAGAGGGUUUGCAGAAAAACAGGAAGGACAAAGUUGGAAAACACACGGGCGAAGAAGAAAAAGAAUCAGUUUUCAUUCAUGUCGGAGUCUGAGCCGCCAUUUCUGGAAUUUCAAAUGGAUCUCAACGAUAAGGACGUUCCUGAAGAGGUUUUACCUGUGGUGAUCAUUGGUAACGGUCCUUCAGGGAUAUGUUUAUCGUACCUGUUGUCAGGGUACACCCCCUAUCCGUCACCUGAGGCAUCACACCCUAAUCCAUUGCUGCACAGGAAGCUAGCAGAAAAGCCGCAGCUGUCAUUGCUGGAGCAGGAUCUGGACUAUCUGUGCGAGGGUCUAGAAGGCAGAUCGUCCAACCCUGUAGCUGUGCUCUUUGAUUCUCUGCUGCUCCCUGACAGUGAUUUUGGCCUGGACCAUAGCUCUCCUCUGGAGUGGAGAUAUGAGCCAGAGAGGUCCAUCCCACACCUGGUCCUGGGGAAGGGUCCCCCUGGAGGAGCCUGGCAUGCCAUGGAGGGGUCCAUGCUCACCCUUAGUCUGGCCAACUGGAUGGAGCUGCCUGGACUCAAACUGAAGGAGUGGAUGAGAGACAAACGCAGAAAUGUGCGAAACGACCGCGCCACACCUGCAGAGAUCGCCUCGUAUUACCAACACUACGUGACCCAAAUGUCCCUGCAGCAGAACUUUGCCUGUGGGACUAUUGUCACCUCUGUUACCAGGCAUCACAACACCCAGGAUGGCGGUCUGCCCUACUGGAAAGUGACGGGAUUGCAGCACAGAGAUGGAGAAGAGCUGGGAGAUGGCUGCUCUGUUUUGGAGCAGGUGCCGUUUUCAGUCAUGGCCCACAAUGUGGUGUUGGCAACUGGAACCCAUGACAUUCCAGCGAGACUGGGUGUGGACGGUGAGUCCUUGCCCUACGUUUGCCACUCAUUCUGGGAGCUGGAGAUGGCCAUCUCCAGGGGCGAGCUGCACCAAUCUUCAGAUCCAGUGUUGGUGGUGGGGGCAGGAUUGACGGCCGCCGAUGCAGUGCUGGCUGCUCACCAUCUCACCACGCCGGUCUAUCACGUCUUCAGACGUUCUGUCACUGACUCGGGCCUCAUCUUCAACCAGCUGCCCAAGCUGCUUUAUCCAGAGUACCACAAGGUUCACCAGAUGAUGACUCAGCAGCAGCACCAACCACCUCCACCACCAUCGCAGCUCCCAGACCAGAACCUAAAUCAUCAUUCCACCAACUCUGUUCCAUCCACACCCUACUCUGGUUACCUGAGCUUCCCGUGUCACAGGGUAGUGUCCUUUAGACCAGAUAAGAAAUGUGUUCUGGAGUCAGACUCGGGCCAAAGGACCGUGGUCCAGGUCUCCAAGGCUCUGGUUCUCAUUGGUUCCCACCCCAACCUUUCAUUUCUGGAAGACAAUGGCCGCCAGCUGGGCACUGACCCCGAUGAGCCCAUCUCCUGUCGACGGAACCCGAUUGAUGUGGACCCCUUUACAAACCGGGUGGUUUCGACAGACGCGCCGGGCAUGUAUGCCAUGGGGCCCUUGGUGGGUGAGAACUUCGUGAGGUUUCUGAAGGGAGGAGCCCUGGCUAUAGCUAGUGACCUGAGCAGAUGUCAAAGAAUGGGGUUCAGAGGCUCGUCCUCAAACAGAUGUGCGGAGGUCACGCUACAAGGGAUGAUCAGCCCCAUGGGCUUGCAAUGUUCCCCUCUCUAUUCUGACAGUAAACAGACAGGAAAUGAACUCUAGAACUGCGCUGUCACUGACGGUGGUGUCCUCUACUGUCAACCUAAGGCAACCUCUAGUUCAUCAACUUUGAACACAGAUAAUUGGGUCAGAGUGAGAGCUUCAACACAGGAUGAGGUUCAUGGAUAUCUGUGGCAUUUGGUGGACAACCUUGACAGGGCUGGGUGUGGGUAAAACAUUUUUUUGGUACUGAUACCAUAGAGCACUUCUCUCAGAUGCAUUCUUUUAUGGUCUGGGUUGGAACUAAUCCAUCACAGCAGAACAUUCUAUCAAGUAUAGACCCACUGAACCAUGCAGAAAAAGACCGUCACAGUGGUGUCCACAGAAGAUUGAAACUCAACAAAGUUCUCUUUCAGAUCCAGCUUCACCUUUGCCUCCCCACCCCCAGGGAUAAGGAAGCCACAGUGUUAGUUAAAUAAAAACAAUUACCUAAUAUUACAAUAACAUUGAAAACUUUACAAUGCAAACUACAUAAACUUCCUUGUGUAUUUAUGAAAAGUGAGGUUCCCCCUGGUGACGAACAGGCAAAAUAGCUAUUAGCGGUUAACAAACACUUUUUUUUUCCAG